GUUUUGUGCCGGUGUUAGUUACGUAUCUAUCUAGCUGUUGGCCUGCUCAACUCAGACGGCUGGGGUGAGAUCUGAAGCUUAAAACCAAGUUGCUUAAUGUCAGUGCCUCAAGCUUCGUUUGUUUCAACUUAGUUGCUUUUAAAGCUAUAAAAAUGAUGAAGGAUUUAGCUGUUGCUGCUAUACUCAUCUGCAUCAGUGCUGCAGUUAUAGCCAUCUUUUACGGACUGUGUCGAAUAUUGGGUGGCUGGACAUGGCUGAAUACUUGGAUGACCGGAAGUAAAGAAGAAACAGCUCAUUUGACAAACUGUGAUGACCAUUAUAUGAAAGGCUAUAGCAAUAUGGUUGAUUCUGACCUAGCACUGGAUACAUGUGAAAACUACAAACAUUAUGGCGACGGUAUUAACGAGGUUAAUUUAGUUGGUGAAGUAAAAGUAAUAGAAAACAAAGUCGACUCAAUACCUCUUAUUCCUCGUCCAUACACUUGGAUACGUCAGCACUCUGCACCAGAUCCCUCAAACCAGUCAAUAUCGCCUACUGAAAACAUUAUUAGACAGCCAUCUAGUGACAGCGAAGAUAAAACUAGUCCGGAAUGUGAACUACCAGAUAUCUUAGCAUUUAACGGUUCAAGCACGAAGCUAAAGAGAGCGUUAUCCUGUACCAGUGUUAGUUCUGACACAUCUGUUGUGUUGGAUACUCUUGAGUCACCACAGAGCAACGGUGAACUGGAGAUAGGGUUAGAAUAUGAUAGUGAAACAGAAGACCUUAUCGUAAUAGUUAACAAAGCACGUAACCUAAUAGGACCGGAUCCCAACAUGAACGUUGACAGCUACGUUCGAGUGUUUCUGUUGCCGGAUAAAACAACAAACAUGCAAACAAGGAUUCAAAGACGUACUGCCGAUCCUUUGUUCAAAGAAAGGUUUCUUUUUGGAGUCGACAGUCGAGACCUCGGUCAGAGAUCGGUGCUUUGUUACAUCUUCACAUCAGAUAAAUACACAAACACCUUGAUAGGAGAAGCCGAGAUCAAGUUGGCAGACGUAGAUUUUAGAAAACCAUAUUUAAAUUGGAUGCCCAUCUUAGACUCAAAUCCGUAGAAACUGACAGAUCUUGG